CAACAAAAAUAAUUUUCUUUUACAAAUUUUUUUAAACAACAUUUUUAGAUGGAUAAAAAGGAAAUUUUGGACACUUUAAAAGCAGCACAGGUUUACCUAAGUCGCCUAAAGUCACUCGACAAUGAACUGGAAAGUGCUGUUAAACAGAUCAUUAAUACUUUCGAAGAAACGGAGAGAAACAUACACGAUACAUUUUCUAACCUCAAAGUUGUCUUGGUGAACAUAUUAAAUAAAAGAGAAAAUUUCCUGUUGGAACAGGCGAAGAAGGCCAAAACAGAUGGGUUGGCACCGUUAGAAGAAUGCCGCAAUGUCAUUUCCAGCAAAGUCGUUGGGACAAAUAAAUUGAUAACUCAAGGGAAUUCCAUCAUAAAUGGAAGUGCAAAAGAUGGCUUAGCAGCGUUUUCCAAGAACGCUAGCUUAUUAGGAAGUUUACCGGAAGUGCCUGAACUGAAAGAAGUGCCUUUUAUUAGUUUUCACGUCGAUCCUACCUCCGACAAUGAAGUCAAGGAUAUUCUGAGUCAGCUCGGGGAAGUGUCUCGAAUAGCUCCAAUCCAGAUAACAGAAUUAUGCGAGAAACCGGGUGCCAUAUUGGUCGAAUGGCAUAGCGUCGAAAACGACGACAGGCUUACCGACAUUCAAGAAUUUAGACUUCAACGAGCUUUCGGGGAUGUGAUCAAAGAAAAACACCUACUUGUUAAUUUUAAUGACUGCUAUAGAGGUCUAGAUACGCAAUUUUUAGUGAAGGAUCUAAAAGUAGAUCAACCGUAUUCUUUCCGGGUAUGUUGCAAGUUUGAAGGCAUUCAGGAGUGGUCGCCUUGGUCUCUGCCUCAAGUCGCUUCCACAAGUCUAAGACCGUUCUCUUGGAAAAUUAGUGACGAUUUUUUAUUAUCAAACGAGAACAAAAUCGCUAAACCUACCGUUGAUUCUCCUAAAGUUUUGUAUUCGGACGGACCGCAAUUUUGUGUUGGACAUUCUGUUGAAUUUACGUUUUUAGAAAUAGACUCGAGCAACGCUAUGUUGGGUCUGAUUGACCAAAUUUUGCCAACUUCCUCCAGUCUGACUUCUACGCCAGGAAAUUCCUUCCUAGUAGACAAAAGCGGGAAAAUUUUCGUUGACGGGAUUGAAAAAUGUACCAGACUGUCGGAAUUCAGCAAAGGUCUCAAGGUGUGUUUUACUUGUGACCUUGUAAACGAUCACAAAGUGAGAGUUAACGUCGACUGUAACGAAAAGAGAGUCACUUACGACUGGUCGAUCGAUCCUGACUACAAAAUGUUUUUCGUUUCUCAAUUUUACUCCCCCAACUGGAAGAUCUUGGUCGAAUAGAAACUAUUAUUAUUGUUUUUAUACCUCUUUAAAUGAUGUCACACAAUCUCAUUGUAAUAAUUGGAUAGUUUUUUACAUAAUUUAUACUAAAGAAUUU